AUGACGAAAUUUGUUAACCAGCGUAAAACAACCUCAAUCUUACGUAGAAAAGCGAAAGGGCCCGAUAAAAAUCAGGUAAAUGAAAAUAGCAAAGCGGAAGCAGAAGAUAUGCGAGUUGGCGAUAUUGUCAAAUCGAUUAAUGGCACAAAUUGCGAUAAUAUGACUCACAGUGAAGCAUUGUCUACGAUUAGACGAGCAGGAAUGCGAUUACAAAUUGUCUUAGAAAGGCAAGACCGUAACGCAAAUGAUGGUUACGGAAACAUGCAGAGCUAUAGAAGUGGAGCUCAACAUUACGAUAGCCACUCUGGCCAAGAUUAUCAACCUUCUGGGGUACCAGGCAAUCAUGGCGGUGGCACUCGUAUAACGAUAGGAAACAAUAGGCGAUCGAGAGCAUCACAGGAUGAUUAUGAUCAUUAUCAACAACCUAAUGACGGUAAUAACUAUCAAGGUAACUAUCAGAAACCAUCCAAUGCAACUUACGGCCAAAACACUGGUGGGAAUUACAACAACGGUUAUGGACCUUCAGAUAACAAUCAAAAUGACGGAAAGAAUCCCCAGUGGCCAGGAAAAAAUUCUUGGGUACCUAAUGAUAAUAAUACACAUAAAACUGCUAAUACUAAUAUUAAUGAUUCUAGAAGGCAGUCUAAUUAUAGAAAUCGUUCAAACAGUCGUAUACGUGCAAAAAAGUCCGUAGCUAGUAAGAGACAGUUCAUUCAAGAGUUCGGUCAUGUAAACAGUCCCACCAGAAAAUUAGUUAAAAAUACAAAUAGUCGAAAUCUAUAUAUACCGUCGUAUGAUGACCCAUUACAACCUUUGCCCGGCCAUGAGCCACAAGAAGAACCUGAUGCAGCACCUCUAUCUCCUAUCCUUACAAAAUUCGAAAAACCACCUCCCCCACGUUAUAGAAGAAUGCCAACCAGGGAAGGAUUACGUAAUGUAUAUAGUUCUCCUGAUUACUUUAGCAGAGGUGGUUUUGAUAACGUACAACCGAUUAAUUUGAAAGUUCCGGCUCUAAAUUUAUUGCAUAGACAAAGAGACUUUGUAAAUAGAGAAGAUGACGAAGAAGGUGUAAUUGUACAUUCAGCUUAUCGUUCGAAAAACAGGAAAAAAAUUAAUAAAAUCAAUAAAGCUAUGGAUGGUGCUGUAAAAGAUAAUAUUGAUCGAUCAAGUACUAAGCCAAACUCUUUGGCGUUACAGUCUCCAACAACAUCAUCUUCAGAUCAAAGUCCUGUAAUAAAUUCAAGAAAGAAUAAGACAACGAAGAUCAAUAGCACAUCCCCUACCAGAGAGACAACCAAACUAAAUGUUCGAAAUAAGAUUGGCAGUUAUGAUAAGACUAAAUCGAAUCCUAUCAUUUCAAGUAGAAAGGAAAAUGAAAUUGGAAAAAAUAAAGAAAAAUUAGUAAAGCCUUUAUCACAAAGCAGUGGAAACAAGAGUAAGGUAGUCGUUAGGACUUCCUUACCCAAGAAUGCAGCAGACAAUAACGGUGAUCGUUCGAAAGUUUUUCCUAAAAAGAAAAACUCUACCGCAAUAAAAUCGCCAGCGACGAAUGUAGCAAAAAAAGAUAGAAAAACAACUAGACUAAAGAUUAGGAAGAAUAAUUCUGCCCCGGAAUCCCCAACUUCCCCAGUUGAGCAAAUAAAUGCUACUUCGUUAGAGGCCCUUGAGAGCGUUGAUAACAAUUCAUCUAAUGAAGAGCCACCACCAGUUAGGAUACCAGCGAAACCAGACUCAUACAGACCUACACAUCAGGAUUACGAGGACGAUUGGUCAAAUAAUGACCAGGGUGGUGGAUUUUGGCCGCAGAAAUCGAAUGAUCGUAAGGAAGAUGACUCCUCUGGAGGAAGAUCAUACAAUACAUUACCAAAUCAAAGGAAUCAAAAUUCUUUUCAACCUAUCCAACCUGUUGGACCCCAAAAGUCCUUAUCACGUACUGGCAGUGUUAAAAGCUUAGGCAAUGAUUAUAACCAAAAUCAGUAUAAUGAACAGUAUGAUCCAAAAUAUCAACCACGCUAUGGUGAUCACGAAGAUUACAGGCCAGGAGGUGGAUGGCAGGAAAAUACUCGAAUAGGAAAUAGCCAUUCGAAAUCAACACCUUCACUCGCGCAACCGGAGGAUGAUAAUGAACCAUACGGAAGAAAUAAAUAUUAUGACGAUCGUAACGAUAAUCAUGAUUCGCAUUAUCGAGACCAACAGAGUCGUCCAUUCCACCGUGAUGAUAGCGAUUCACGGAAGCCGGAUAGUCGUAAAUAUGACGAUGAUACAGAUUAUCCCGCUAAAAUGCCAGAAAAAGCAAAUUUUAAUGUUAUUGAUGAAAAAGGAUUAAUGUUUGAUCCGCCAUCUAAUUAUAAUAUCCACGAUAAAACCAUCCCAAAGUGUAAAGCAAUAUACAGUUUUAAACCUGCUUCAAAAAGGGAACUUGCCUUGAAAAAAGGAGAUCUCAUUAUUCUUACUAAAAAUGUGGACAAAAACUGGUAUGAAGGUGAAUUACACAGAAAACGAGGCAUUUUCCCAGCUAAUUAUGUCGAGGUGGUGACAUCUAUAAAAGAAGCAUUAGCAGCGCAGUGUGAGUAUUCGCAAGAUGGUUUAGGGCAAGCAAGGCGUGAUUGCAACGGUAUAACGAGCAAAGAAUUAUCAUUUUCGAAAGGACAAAUUAUAACACUUUUGAAGCACGUAGAUGCGAAUUGGUUUGAAGGACGUCUCAAUUCAAGAUCUGGAUUAGUGCCUAAGAAAUUUUUAAAUGUUCUUAAAGAUGUAAAGGGUGCAGGAACGAUGAAGCAAGCUCGUAAUAAUAAGAUUCAAGAUUUUUCAGAAGCUAGUUCUCGGCCAAAUAAGCAUGUUAUAGGAUCUGAUUCUAAUCAAUAUAACCCAAAAGCUUACGGUCAAUCUCGUGAAUUUGAUGAUAACAACCAACAAGUAGAUGAUCGUUACGGCUAUUACGAUAGUAAACCGCAGUAUCAAAGUGGUGAUUACAAUUAUCAAUCUCAAGAAAAUGAUCCCUACAGUCAAGAUGGAAAAUCAGGCCGAAAUAGUUAUUACAAUAAGCAAGAUUUUGAUACAAGAUCUGCAGGUGGACGCGAUUUUGAUACAAGAUCUGCAGGUGGACGCGAUUUUGACACAAGAUCUGCAGGUGGACGCGAUACCAGUACUCGUUAUGAAGCAGGCGGCGAUCCGUACGAAAGUAAGCCGCAACAGCGACAGGGUGGUGGAAUAGACAAUCGAAAUAGUAAUAAUUACGGUGACUAUAAUCGCAGAAGCCAACGAUAUCAGUCGGAAACCGAUUACAGUGACAAUCAUAGUCAAUCUGGUAUACGAGCAAAAAAUAACGAAUUCGAUCACAAUAAUAAUACUAAUUAUUACAAUGAUGGAGCUGCGGAUAACUCCAAUUAUUCUCAAGCUAAUACCGAAACAUCAGAGAGGUAUCGAGCAUUUUAUCCUUAUGCACCAGAAAAGGAAGAUGAACUAGAAUUAAUGGUAGGUGAUAUUAUUAUUGUGAAAGAAAAGUGCGACGAUGGUUGGUUUGUUGGUUCAUCAACAAGAACAGGUCUUUAUGGGACAUUUCCAGGAAAUUUCGUAGAACCAGUCUCCAUUGAUUCUCUUAUUAUUAAUUAUUAA